UAAUGAAGACAAGCAUAUUGGUUGUCAUCUUACUCUCUUGCACAUUUGCAAAAUAAUUGUAUGAUGUAAAAAAAUCAUAUGUCACUCCUGUAAAUGAAAUAAAUUUUGAAAAAUAAAUUAACAAGAUAAGACAAACAACUAAAUAUGUUACUAUAGUUCAUUUCUAUAAAUAUUCAGGUAUAUAUGCGAAUUUUAUUGGUAGAUGGAGAAAGUAGAUCAUUUGCACCAAAAUAUGAUGAAUUUACAAAUGAAUAUAAAGGAAUUUUCAGAAUAGCCUCAUGUGAUUGUGACGAAGCUGAAAAGAUUUGUUAGAAAGAGAGUGUCUCAAAAUUCCCUACAUUUAGAGUAUAUCCUCCAUAUCCUGUUCCUGCAAUUGAUUAUGAGGGUCCUCUUGAAAUUGAUGGAAUCUUGAAAUUGGCUACAAAAUACAUCCAUAACAAUAUUAUUGAGAUUACUGAAAAUAACAUCAAUACAUUUAUUAAUGAGAAUCCUACAGUUCCUAAAGUGGUAUUAUUUAGUGAAAAGAAAGGAUUCCCACUUGUUUACAAAGGAUUAAGUGUAGAAUUUGAGGUAAAUAAAUAUAUAUAAUGUUAAAUAGAAAAAAUUAUCAUUUGGUAUAGUGAGAUCAUCAGAAAAGGCAUUAUUAGAUAGAUACAAUAUCAAAGCAUUCCCUAAAUUAUUACUUAUAAAAACUAAUGAAAAAAAACCAUAUCCAUAUACAGGAGAAUAUAAAUUUAAACCUAUGUUUGAUUUUUUGAAUGUUCACAGUGAAGUAUUUGUACCAGGAGGAGGAUCAUCUGCUGAUAGUGCUGCAACAAAAGAAUGGAUGAUGCAAGUUGUUCCAUAAUUACAUUAAAGAUCUGCAAAUGAUAUCUGCUUAAAAGUUGAAGGUGUUAUUUGUGUAAUUUUAAUGAAUAAUGGAGAUAAACCGUAAUUUAUAUAAAUAUAUUUUAUAGAAAUAAUGAAUUAGUAGAUGAAUUAAAGAAAUUGAAUUAAUAAUAUGAGAGACAUAUUAAUAGAGGAACAGUUUUCAAAUUUAUGUGGUUAGAUGUUAAGACAGAAUCAAAAGUAAUUCUAUUUGAUCAUAAUUAUUAUAGUGGGGUUAAGCAAUAGAAUUCUAAGGUGAACCAAAAAUAGUUUUAUUGAAUCCAAGUAAAAGAAAGAGAUUUGCAAUUCAUGAUGGUGAAAUGACAUUUGAAGCAAUAUGUAAAUUGAUUAAAAUAUAAUUAUUAUAGAGAGAACUUUAGAAAAAUUGAUCAGUGGAGAUCUCAAAUUUAAAAAUUUAGGAGAAUCAUUACCUGAUUUUGUGAAAAUUGAUUUGUGAA